AAGACCGCAGCCAACGAUGAAGAGGACGACAAAAGGAGUCAGAAAAAGUUAAAUCUCCAAUCCAGUCAAACCAUCAACUUUAAAAUGAGUAAAACUGCAAGCCUAAUUCGCAAAACGCAGUCGCAUUUCUUAGUGUCCUCUGAGAAACUGGACAAGGCCACGAAAAGGGUUAUAGCUCCGUACGCACAGAUAGUGAGGAAAGGGUUAAAAGAGGAGAGGAAAGAAGGGACAUACUUGGAUAUAAAUAGGUUUAACGUGUUUUUGGAAGAUACCGUUGAUUUGGACUCGCUGCUGUAUGAGACUGCUAUGGUGUUGAAGACCGUUACUAAUAGUUCUGGAGCUUUUGUGUACAUUGUGAAUAAAGUGAACAAUGAACUGGUACUGAUGCCAAAAAAUACAAAAAACCCUGCGAGACAUGAAGUCAACAUUCCUAUUGAAGAGGGCAAGAUGGCCGCAGCCCACGUGGCCUCCACCAAGGAAUACCUGGUACUAGACGACGUGCAGCGCGACCGGCGCUUCUCCUCGGGCCUUCGGUGGAUAGAUGCCAAGACCGCGCUCGUGAUGCCAGUACUGCAGCCCGAUGGAGAUUUAUACGCUGUGCUGGAGCUGUAUAGGACGUGUGCGGAGCCCUAUGAUGCGAACGUGGUAUACACGGUGGUGAGCGUGGCCUGCUGGGCGGGCGCAGCGGCGCACCAGGCCGCCGCCCGCAUCACGCUACAAAAGACCGGCCAUCUCAACGCGGAGCUGCGGGCUUUGCUCAACAGCUACUUCUGCAACUUGGCCUCUAUCGACACAAUGCUUACCGACAUGUUGGCUGUAGUGAAGUCCUUCAUGGGUGCCAUGCGGAGCAGCUUCUACAUUAUAGACCGCGAGCGCGCCGAGCUGACGGCCGACAUGUGGGACGACGGCUGGGCAGAGAACACCGCCAUGCCCCGCAAGAAAACUAAAGUCGACCUGAACGCCGACCAGACCCCGGCAGGCCUAGUGGCUCGGACCGGGGUCUCCCUCAACGUGAGAGACGCGUACACGGACCCUCGAUUCAUGAAGGAGGUGGACCCCGCUACGGGUACCGUCGUGCGAUCGUGCCUGGCUAUGCCGAUUAUGGAUAAAAAGGGAGUUAUUGGAGUUGUCACACUGACCAACAAAAAGAAUGCCAAACCGUUCAAAGCCGAAGAUGAGGAGAUAUUCAAAGUGUUCGUCAGCUACUGUUCUCUCAUCGUACAGUUCUACCACAUGCAUCAGGAGAAGAUCUACCAUGAAAACCUGAACCACGUGUACUGCGACCUGAUGCAUGUGCACCUGAAGCCGUGCCGACACGACUUCGACGAGCUCAUAGAGAGCAACGGGAUCGCUAUACCGCCGAACAACUUUAAUUCCUACAACUUCCAUAUAAGUGAGAUCAGCAAAGAAGACAUGCCCGGGCUAGUAUGCUACAUGUUCAGUGAAACGAUCAUGGAGAAGAUGAGUUUCGACCGCACGCAAAUGGCUGACUUCGCGCUGACGGUGCUGGGAUGUUACCGGCCUAACCCUUACCAUAACGCAGAACACGCGUUUUGCUUUACACACACUAUGUAUAUGAUACUGCUGACAAACCCAGGACACUUUGAUCCUAUUGAGACAGCGGCACUGCUCCUGUCCGGAGUGUGCCACGACCUGGACCACCCCGGCGUGAACAACAACUUCCUCUCGCUGACCAACCACCCGCUCUCGCAGAUGUACAGGACCUCGCUAUUGGAAUACCACCAUUACUUCCUAGCCAAGAAGCUUAUUGAGGAUAAGAAAAUCAUAUCAAACCUGCCACCAGCCGACCAGGAGCGCCUACUAGAGGAGAUCAAAUACGACAUUCUCUGCACGGACUUUGCUGUGUACUUCCAAGUGAGGGCUCAGCUCGCGAACGUCGUCGCCGAAGGAACCUUCGACUGGAAACUGUCCGCACACAGGAACCUGCUUAAGGGAAUACUUAUGACGACAAGUGAUCUCUCGGGAUGCUGCAAACCAUUUGGUGUUGCUAAAGCUAUAACGGCUUGUAUAUACGAAGAAUUUUAUAAUCAAGGUGACAAAGAGCGCGAAAUGGGCUACACCCCGCUCAGCAUGAUGGACCGCCGGCGCUCCUCGAACCAGCCCGCCGAACAGAUCCAAUUCCUGUGUGUGGUGGUGAUGCCCUGUCUGCUCCUGCUCCAACACGUGUUCCCUAACACGGCGCAACUUGCUGAGAAUUGCAGAUCGACCCAAGAAUACUGGCACGAGGAGAUCGAGAUCCGCGGCCAGAAACUGUGGAAACAGGACGACUCGCUCGUGAGCUUCGGACGUAAAAACACGAGCGACACCCCGGAGAAGGUGCUUAAUGAGACUGAGACGCAAUAA